AUGUCUGCCUCCACUGAAAACUGGAUUCUUCCUCCCACCUCGUACUCAGAGGUUUUUGUAUCAGUGAGUUACACUGUGGUAGGAUCGGACGAUUCCAGCAAGUUUCUCAUCUUUGGGACUGGAACAAAACUCUAUGUAACAGGUGAUGUAGUGAAGGCCCCGACGGUGAGCUUGUACUCGGUGGCGUCCAAACCCAGGCCGCAGGAGAAGCAGCCUCUGCUGUGUGUCGCCUCAGACAUGUACCCCCCUGAGACGCAGCUUUCCUGGAGGAAAAGGAGGCAGGGCGGUUCUGAGGAGGAGGUUCCUGCUGAGGAAGAGCAGCUGGAGCUCAGGGAGGGAGGACGCACCUCCUCCAUCAUGAUGGUGGAUCAGGAUCCUCAUGAUGCUUAUGAGUACAGCUGCUCCGUCAAGCACGAAGCGCGACUUCAGACCCCAGAGACGAAGAUCGUGGUUUCUGCGCUGCCUAAGCCUCCGCCUCCUGCUCCCCACUGGUUCAGAGAGAGGCUGCUCUGCCUCUUCUACUCGGUGCUGAUAGCCAAGAGUCUGCUCUGCUUCUGCGGCCUCUCCCUGCUCAGCGUCUGUGGAGGCCAGGGAGCUUGAGGAAGGAUCCUCCAGCAGCUCAAACCACUGAAUGUAAAAACUGCAUCCUCAACAUAAUCCAGCUUCUGAGGUCAAAACAACAAAAAUCCUUUUUCUGGUUUCAAAGCACAUCUCUGGACACGUUUCUGCUUUUUUUAUUGAAUGUCUGAUUAGAUUGUUUUUAUCUGAUUUAACAGUUAAUCCUUUUAUCAUUUUAUUCUCUCUCCAGUUUCUGAAUGUUUUCCUUUUAUCUGAGCCGCGCUGGACUGAAGUUUGAGUUUUACAGGAAGAAAAAUAACGCGAGCCUCACUUAUUAAAACCCUUUAAAUCAGAUUAUCUUCUCUUUAUGUUAGAUUGAAUGUAAGGUAAUUAUCUGUAUUUUUUUUUGCAAUUCUUUAAAUAAACAAGCCCUAAUUAAUAAAGCU